AUGGGACAUAAUCAUUCAAAAUUAAAAGUGCAAGCUACAGACCUAGUUGAUAACCUUAAAGAAGAUACUAUACCAGAUAAAUCUCAGAUGGAUUCUGCAUGUGUGCAUCCUAAUAAUAGAGUUUCUGAACAGAAAACCAUUCCUUCCGUAGAUAAUGAUAUAAAUAAUGAAGAUGAAGAUGAAGACGAAGACUUAAGUCUAAUGGUGAAACAUAAACAAAAAAUUGAAGAACCUAUUCUUGGUCUUAAUGCUAAUUUUGGAGGACAAGUAGAUAAUUAUAAUAAUGCUUGGAAUAAAGUUUUAGAAACUACAGUUGAUUCUAAUUCAAAGGGAGUUGUUAUUAUUGAAUAG